AUGAACGGCACAGCCACAAACCCCAGAGGCAUCCAUGUCGCCAUAGUAGGCGGCGGGAUCGCGGGCGUGAGUCUGGCCCUGGGACUGCAAAAGCGGGGCGUGUCGUUCACGCUGUACGAACGCGCCCGAGAGAUCCGCGAGAUCGGGGCUGGAAUCGGCCUGUCGCCAAAUGCAGAGCGUGCCAUGGAGAUGCUCGACCGCAAGACGGUCCUCGAGGCCUACAAGCGCAUCGCCACGCCAAACGGCGUCGACGAGUUCCAGUGGAUCGACGGAUACCGCACCGACGAGCUCCUCUACACCCUCUACAUGGGCAAGGAUGGGUUCCAAGGUUGUCGCCGAUCGGAUCUGGUCGACGAGUGGAUAAAAACCAUCCCGGCCGACUGCAUCAGCCUCGGAAAGGAAGCCAAAUCCAUCAGGCAGUAUGGGGACGGCAGCAACGGGACGGCGGGUGGCCCCCAACAACAGGGUGGAGUUGAAAUCACCUUCAAGGACGGAACCACGGCCACUGCCGACGUGGUGGUAGGCUGCGAUGGCAUCUGGUCUCGGGUGCGCGAGCUCCUGCUGGGAUCCGACAACCCUGCCUCUCACGCGGGAUACACGGGCAAGUUCUGCUUCCGGACUCUGGUGCCCUACGACAAGGCCGUGGAGGUGCUGGGCCACGACCGCGUGUACACACGUUACAUGUACAACGGGCCGGGCGCACACUCCAUCACGUAUCCCGUGGGGCUGGGCGACAACCUGGCGCUCAACGUGCUGGUUGUGGUGGCGGACCCGAACCCUUGGCCGUUGGAGAAGACGGGAGGCAAGCAUACCGCUCCGGGGAUGAGGGAAGAGGCGGAGCGUGCCACCAAGGACUUCCACCCUACCUUUCGCAAGAUCGUCAGUCUCCUGCCCGAAAAGGUGGAAAAGUGGGCCAUCUUUGACGCGAUGGAGAAUCCAGCCCCGACCUACUCCAAGGGUCAGAUCUGCCUCGCCGGCGACGCGGCCCACGCGACCGGACCACACCUGGGAGCGGGGGCCGGGGUGGGGAUCGAAGACGCGUUGCUGUUGUCGACGCUGCUGGAUCGCAUCGACCAGGUCGUCAAGGGUGGUGAUCAAGAGUACGCUGGCGAGGACAAGAAGCGAGACAUGAUCUCCCGCGCCCUCGAUAUCUACGAUGGCCUGCGACGUGAGAGGACGCAAUGGCUCGUCAGGGCCACACGCGAGGCCGUCGACUUGAUCCAAUGGAGUAAGGGCGAAGCUGCGGGUAGAAACGGUGAAGAGUUUGGGCGUGACAUGAGCAAACUUUACUAUCAGGUGUGGGACUACGAUCUACAAGGCAUGUUGAAGGAGGGGCUCGAAAAGCUUGCGGUCCCAUGCACUCAGGGUUCAAACUAG